CUCACAUUCUCACGAUCUCGCAGGGAAUCUAAAACGUCUGUUGACACAGUCCAGAAAUCAUGACAUACGCACCAGGCUUCCGACCCGUUUCUCGCGAUCCUGCGGAGCUCCCUUAUGCAGCCACGGCGUUCGACAUCACGCUCGCUGACCUGCCGUUGCCAUCCUCCGAUCUGAUCGAAGAGGCUAAGCAGUCUCUGAGGCCCAUCCUGGGGAAACCCGUUUGGAAUCACUCUCAUCGAGCUUUUCUCUUUGGCUCGGCAAUCGCUAAAGGGAAACUCUCCGAUCACAUCGACUACGACGCUGAAUCCUUCUAUUUGGCGUGCCUGUUCCACGAUAUCGGUUGUGUCCCGGAGAAUAUAAAGAAGACCAAGAUGUCUUUCGAGUUCUGGGGCGGUAUCCAAGCUCGCGAGUGGCUAUCUAGUCAUGGAGCCAGUAACGACCUCGCCGACUCGGUCGCCGAAGCCAUCUUCCGUCACACCGACUUCAACAGCGGCAAGAUCUCCUCGAAUGGACAGCUCAUACAGCUGGGAACGCUUUUCGACAAUAUCCAUGCUCAUGAAGAACAUAUCUCUAAAGAUCUUGUCCAAGAAAUCGUCAAGCAGUACCCUCGACCGGGCUGGUCGAACUGCUUCGCCGGUGCAAUGCAGGAUGAAGUGGACGCGAAACCUUGGGCACACGCCACGGAGCUCAGAGAAUCGGAAAACUGGCCCAAGAUUACGAACAACGCGUUGGCAAAGGCAGAGUAA